UCCCCUAUUCUGGGUCUACUCACAAACUCGCUUACUUAGCGUUCCGUACUUGAGGCGAGUUCAAGAGUUUGGAUCUUUGUUCCUUACCCACCAAAAAAAAGAGUUUCAAGAAAGAAGAGUCGUCCAUUGCUCGGAUCAACGUACCCUCAAAAUGGUUUUGGAAAAUCUUAAGCCAGGGUCGCUGAUCGUGAAAUGCGAGCCUUUCGCUUACAUCCUGUCCCAGAAGUUGUCGGACGUGGUUUGCGAUUCGUGUUUGCGCCGAUCCACUUCGGCGCUUUUGAAGUGCGCUUCCUGUAAACACGUUCGAUAUUGCGACAAAAGAUGCCAAAGAAACGGUUGGACCGACCACAAACAUGAGUGCCAAUAUAUAGCCAAAAUACAACCUCGAGUACCGCCCGACACCAUUCGAUUGAUUGCCCGGAUCGUGAUCAAGCUGAGAAACGGAGGGGCAAAGAUUCAAGGACAACUUCCGGAUGGUCAAAAACGCACAUUUUUCGAUUUGGAACCUCAUCAUAAGGAGAUUCUGGAGGAUAAACAGAAAAUGGCCGCUUUCAACGAAUACUUCAAGGUUCUGCAACAUUUUAUGCCACAGGAUCUCCCUUCCAAAGACGAUAUCUGGGAAAUAUUUUGUCGUACCUCCAUCAACUCAUUCAACCUCAUGGACGACGACUACACGUCCCAAGGGAUCGGACUUUACCUCGAAGCUUCGAUUUUCGACCACUCGUGUGAACCCAAUGCGUUCGCCGUGUUCCAAGGUAAAACUCUCGAAGUACGAUACAUCGGUCCCAAUGAAUUGCCCGGUCCCGUCAACUGUAGCCAAGAUAUCAGGAUCAGCUAUUGCUCUCCGCUGAAGGACACGCCCACUCGGCAGAAGAUUCUCAGAGAAAGCUAUUACUUCACAUGUCAUUGCUCCAAGUGCAAUCGGGACCCCGAUACUCUGGAUUUGUACAAGAAUGGCUCUCUGAAGUGCGCCAAAUGUGGCAAAGCCGUGCCCAUUCCUAAGGAAAUCCGUCCUAAAAACCUCAAGUGUCGUCAAUGCCACUUUGAAGUGACUCCAGAGAAGCUGAAAGAUUUCAGUCUGUCCAAGCAAAUCCUGACCAAACUCUCGGAUUCGCUUGUCAGAGAGGAGCGUCCCCUGUCCAAAUCCGGUUUGGCCGUUAUUCAUUCGGCCGAAGAGGUGGUUCACCCCUACGAUCUAACUCUCUUGGUCUGUUUAGAAAAGGCCAGCUUGGCCGAAUUAGACCACAAAGAUUUCCGGGCCGCUCUCAAGACUUCGUUGGCUCAAAUGAAGGCUUAUCAGUUCUAUUACCCAAGCUUCCAUGUGAAUAUGGGCGUGGUACACAUGCGGAUCGGGAAGUUGGCCAGUCACCUCGGGCACAUCAAAUUUGCUAGUCAACACCUUGAGAAGGCCGAGGAACAAUUGUUUAUCACUCACGGGUCCAAUCAUACGCUUUACCAGAGAGAUCUAGUUCCUUUGUUGAGGGAUGCUCACCAAGAAUUGAGAAACUUCGGCGCCCAAUAACCCAGCGAAAUCAUAUUUCACCAUGAUUGCAAGAACGGCUUGGACCUCAUAUUUUAGUACCGUUUUACACAAAAAUAUACAUACAAUGCUAUUUUA